UGCUAUUCGUGCUUGAAACAGCUUCCUGCGGAGGACCUUGUGCUGGGUUACUGUUACCACAACUACUGUCAGGAAUGUGUGGUUGAAAUGGUAAAAGUAGCGCUUGAAAGCGACCACAUGUACCCGGUCCGGUGCUGCAAGAUUAUGAUUCCCUUUGAUUGGGACACGCUCCAGAUGCCGCAAGAGGCAGUUAACAAAUAUAAUAGGAGAAAGAGGGAAAUCGAAGCACGAGGGACAACCUACUGUUACCGGAAUGCCUGCAGAGCGCCUAUUCACCCAAAAUUUAUCGUGCAUGGAGAGGCGUUGUGCACAACAUGCAAGGGCAGCACUUGCGUUCGCUGCAAGAAGGCUUUCCAUGAGGGACUUACUUGCGGCGAAAGGGAAACACAGGAGGAACAGAGACUGCACGACCUGACAGUUACAUAUGGCUGGGGUAAAUGCUCUCAUUGCGAGAACUACAUCCAGCUCAGUGUAGGCUGCAAUCACUUGUCAUGUCUAUGCGGCGCCGAUACUUGCUUUUCAUGUGGCAGAGCAUGGCAGACGUGCGACUGCAUCCAGCCCGAU